AGUUAAAUCACAUUUUUUGUUCUAUUUAUUUUUUCCUUAAUUGCGUUUUUUUUUUAUUAAACCAUUUAGUAAGUGUCGGAUAAAGUAAUGAUUGAGCAUCAUCAUGUAUAAAUGCCUACAAUUUUCAGCUUUAAUACCAAAGAGCUUUGAAAAUUAAAAUUAUGAAGCCUAAUGCAAUUACUCUUUUUUUUUAAUAAACAAAUCGGAAGUUUCGACAGUUUAAUAUAGUUAAAACAAAUUUUUAGCUGUCACGAUCACUUAAAACUUAGACAAAUAUUUCAGUUCCACGGAAAAAAAAAUGUUUUAAUCUUGGCGUAAAAUAAGCAACCACGAAAACAAGUCAAUUAUGCUGAAGAAUAAUAAUAAUAGCUGUUGUGACGAUAAUAAAAGCACUUACAUCGAGUAAUUUACCAACGUCUAUUAUGAAUUUUACAUUUAAUGCUGCCAAGAAAACAUGUAUGCCCCUUGCAGAUAUUAAACCAGGAUUGAUGCCAGCUACUCCGUCGGCAAAUGCUCAAGAAAAUGUUAAGGAAGAUGUGAUUCACUGGAGGAAUACUUUUGAAAUGCCUGCCCGAUGUAAUAACAGUGCACAGUUAAAAGAAAUGCAGGCGUUAACGGAAGCUAUUAGAACUACCGACCUAAUUGGAAUCGAAGUGGGCGUUGAACCGACAUGUUUUAUGGACUGCGAGGAUGACGAUGGUUUCUUAAAACAGCAGCUUGAAAACAACAAAAAUAAUUUUAUAGCGCCUGCCUGUGUAACGGAUCAUGUCGCUCUCUCUCCCAAUUCUUCGCAAUCUAAUUCUAAUAUACGUGUAACAGUUGGAAUAGAUAAAGAUUUAGAUAUGAUACUUGAAAUGGAUCCAAGUAUUAUUGAUUCAAACGAUAUCAGCAAUAUAGAGAAUUCGCGUAAAAUGAAAACAUUAUACUUGCCCCCAUCAAUAGGAGGACCAACUUUCAAAACAGCUACGCUUACCUCACGUACUCAGCUAAAAUUGCAACUGCAGCGUGAACAACAGCAGCAAGAGCUGGAACGUCGCGAGGAAAAUAAACCGCGAAUUGAGCCAUUCCAAAUAAAGCCUCAACAUUUAGUUGCAGCUGAUAUGUGCAAUCGUCAAGAGCAUAACGUAAUCAGGUCCCAACAGCAGCAAUCAGUCCUCAGUAAUACGUCAGCUAUCAGCACAAAUAAACCAGCUUCAGGAAACGCCAAAAAGACCAGGAAUACUACAUUGUAUGUCGAUGAGUGUGCUUCUCCUGAAUAUAACAAUCCAAUUAAUCUCAAAGUUCCCUUACAACGCAUUGGAGUCGAUGUUCCUCAGCAAGUCUUACAGGUUCGGACAGUUUUGGAAAAUCCUACACGUUACCAUGUAAUACAAAAACAGAAAUAUCAAGUUCAUCAGUAUCUUAGCGAGUCGAUUAAAAGAUUCGGAUGGAAUCGUCAGCCGGUUGCAAACAAAAAUAUUGGUCCAUUAACAUAUUGUCGAACAGCUGAUGUUGAGCAGCGAUAUAACGUAAAAUACCCUAGUGACUGUAAUGCAACGCAGUCGGCCAACGUAAAUGAUCCAUUAUCCUCUAUGGUUGCGCCGCAUCCCCUUCUGCCGAAUAGCGGUCGUUCGGAGGAGGUUAGUACCAAGCUAAUACCAGCAUCACCUUACAAUAUCGUAGGAUCUAACAAUAACAACAAGGCACACGCCAUACCAUUGGAUGUCGUCAAUAAUAUCAACAACAUUAAUAGCAGUACUGCCAGUAGCAAUUCUUUAUAUAUGCAUUCAAAUAAGUUGCGUAACCGGAAUUGUUCGUCUUUAUCAGGUGGUAGUACGACUAGUCCUUUACAAUCAGCGCCCAUAUCCCCAAGCUUAAGUUCAGCAGCCAGCAAUUCAGAGGCAGACUUAGAUUUUGAAGAUGUAUUAUAUUCAGAAUCAAACCAUUUAAAUGACAGACCAAAGUUUUUAAAUAGUUAUUCCAUUCAUAUGGGAAUAAAGCAGGAGCAAAACUCGAUCGCCGAGCUAGAAGCAAAUGCCUUAGCGAAAGAUCGCCAAAAGAAGGAUAAUCAUAACAUGAUUGAGCGCCGGCGUCGUUUUAAUAUAAAUGAUCGAAUCAAAGAGCUGGGCACAUUACUACCCAAAACAAAUGAUCCAUACUACGAAGUAGUUCGAGAUACUAGACCUAACAAAGGAACAAUUUUGAAGAGUUCAGUAGACUACAUAAAGUGCUUAAAACACGAAGUAUCUCGAUUAAAGCAAAACGAAUAUCGACAACGUCAAAUGGAAUUGCUGAAUCAUCGCCUGCUUGAUCGUAUAAAGUUCCGCUAUUAAUUAGUUUGUAAAUGAGCACUUUGGCGAGUAUUCUACUGUUAUCAUCGACGAGCGCUGCGAAAAUCUUGUAAAUGUAAAUUGAGAAUCACAAACAAGGAGUGGCAAGCGAAAAAAAAUUCCAAGGAUAUAACGGAAGAAGAAAACAAAGAUCGUAAUCUAACAUGAACUCUGGACGCGAUGAACUUCACUCGAGCAGUUAUGAG